CCCCUGCGGUGUUUACAGGCGUCUGGAGCUGCUGGUGAUGUGAUUCUCUCUCUCUCUCUCUCUCUCUCUCUCUCUCUCUCUCUCUCUCUCUCAGGCACUGAUAAAACCUGAUUGACUGCGUCAUGUUCGAGUAGCUUGAGCGAAUAUAAAGUUUAAAAGAGAGAAUUUAAUCGGAGUUAGUCUGAAGCCAUGUAUCGGUCUCUGUACGCGUUCAAGUCGAAGGAGCCGAACUCAAUGCCGUUCGCGGCCGGAGAGAGUUUCCUCAUCCUGGAGAGGAGCAACCAGCACUGGUGGCUCGGGUCCCGCUGCUGCUCCGGAGAAACCGGCUACAUCCCGGCGUCCUACCUGGAGAAGAUCCCGGCCCCGGAGCAUGACGAGGUUCUGCAGUCGAUAGACAGAGCCAUUGAGGGGAUCCACAACGUGGCCAUGAAGAACGGUGGGAAGUACAACCUGGAGCAGAGAGAUGUGCUGCAGAAGCUGAUCCACCACAGGAAGGAGACGCUGUCUCGCCGGAGCCCGACUCCAUCCAAUCACAAAACAGGAAUUCCUUCCUCCAGCAGUGAGAUGUCACUAAGCUCCGCCCACCAAACACCCAACGGCCUGAGCCGAGCUUACAGCUGCCAGGCCAACGAGUCGAUCCCAGAUAACGCAGAGAGCACGAAUGUACCGGGACUUUACCAGGUUCCUCCUCAGCCUCGUCGAGCUGCUCCCAUAACCCCGCCCCCUCCAGAGAAACAGAAAGAACACCGACGCCUAGGUCCUGAGGUUCCAGUGAGAGUGAUCUCCUCUGGCUCCGCCCACACCCCUGGUCAGUCCACCCCUGUUUCUCCCUCUCCGACUAUCAGCUCCACCUCCUCACAGUCCGGCUCCACCCAGUCCAUCAUCCUCUCUGAUGACAGCCUUCCCAGUGCGUCUAGCACGCCACCUCCUGUGCCGAGCCGAUCAAAAGCCCCGCCCCCUCCUCCGCCAGACAUCUCGCACACUCAGAAAACCCCGCCCCUUCCUCAACCUGACCACUCCCACUCUAAAAAGACCACGCCUCCUCCUCCUCCACCUGACCUGUCCCACUCUAAAAAGACCCCAGCACCUCCUCCACCUGAACUUUCCUCCUCCUCCUGCUCCUCUAACAAAGGUCCAGCCCCUCAUCCUCAGCUUCAGCCAAUCACGUCUCAGCCUGCCAUCGAGGACCAGUCAGAAGCAGAGUGGCCCUCAGCCCCGCCUCCUGAAUCUCUCAGCCCCACUGCUACAGACAGCCCCACAUGUCUGUCCUUGGUUCCCAUGACGACAGGGGCGGAGCUGAUCGAGCUGGUCAGGAAGAACACAGGCCUUAGUUACGAGAUGUCGCGCAUCGCUGUGGGCGUCGUCGUCGGCCAUCUCCAGGCGACCAUCCCGGGGGCGGCGGCCGAGCUGGAGCAAGUGUUGCUGUCUUUGGUCGAGAGCAAGGACCUGAGUGCGGCGUUGCCACGGGGACAGGUGUGUCACGAUGAGCAGCGGUUGGAGGUGAUCUUCAAUGAUUUAGCUCGUCACCGUGACGACUCGCAGCAGCGCAGCUGGGCUCUGUACGAGGACCACGAGCUCAUCGCGUGCUACCUGGAGGAGCUGCUGCAGAUACUGACAGAUGCAGAUCCAGAGGUGUGUAAGAGGAUGUGCAGGGCCAAUGAUUCCGAGCCUGUACUGUCUCUUGUCUCUUAUUACCAGAUGGAACAUCGUGUCUCUCUGCGGCUGCUGCUGUUGAAGGUGUUCGGGGCGAUGUGUGGUCUGGACGCCUCGCUCAUCUCCACACUGCUCAACUCCAUCCUCCCCAUGGAGCUCGCAAGAGACCUGCAGAGCAACACACACGAACAUCAGAAGAUGUGUUACACAGCGCUGGUGUUGGCCAUGAUCUUCUCCAUGGGGGAGCAGCUGCCCUACCGCCACUACGAUCACUUGAACUCUGGAUUUAUUCAGUUCCUGUUGGACGUGAUCGAGGACGGACUUCCGUCAGACCCGACUGAACAGCUCCCAGACCUGAGUGUCAACCUGCUGCUCGCCUUCAACCUGCACCUCACAGUGCCAGACAGUAAUUUGGUGAUGCAAACUCUGAUAAAGAGAAACAAUGUGAAAACUCUCACUGAGAAAAUCCUGCUGCUGCUCAACAGAGGAGAGGAUCCUGUGUGUAUAUUUAAACACGCCCCCCCGGCUCCACACUCCGUCCUCAAGUUCCUGCAGGACGUUUUCUCCAGUCGCAACACGGCCAACAUUUUCUACCACACUGACAUGAUGGUGAUGAUCGACAUCACAGUCCGGCAAAUAUCAGACCUGUCUCCGGGAGAUAAGCUGAGGAUGGAGUAUCUCUCGCUCAUGCACGCCAUCGUGCGCACCACCGAUUACCUGCAGCAUCAGCACCGUCUCUCUGACCUGCAGGCGGCGCUGCAGAGGAUUCUGGGAGAGGAGGACGACCCCGGAGAGGACGAGAGCUCGGCUCAGGCCAGACAGAUGGACAAGCUCAUAGUGCAGCAGAUUUAUAAAGAGUUCCCUCAGAUCGGCGCCGACUGACAGCUCCGUCCCUAACGCUGACCGUGUGCACUACACCGAAGUCCCUUACACACAGGGGGCAGGUGUAGAAGCAUACUUCACCGAGUACGACAUGUAAGCGGAAUUUCUCAACAUAAAACAAGAGCACUACCAUAUUUUCCAGAUAAUCAAAAUUCAUAAAUUCAAAAUUCAUAAAUUCUCUGAAAUUCUCUGAAAUGCUUUAUUAUAGAACCAUCUUUAACCCAAAUGUCGAUCAGCCGAGACGAGUUUAUUGUAUAUAAGCGACGCAGUAAAUCCAUAAUCCCUAAAUACAGGUCCAAAUUUUCAUAUACCUACAUAUACAUCAAGUGACAUCAUUAAGGUCAGUAAGUUCUAUUUUGAUUAAAUGAUUGUGUAAAAUAGCAGCGACGAACAUCAGCAGUCUGUAUUCACACAUUUAACUUUGGGGAAAAAAGUGGAAUUUUAUCAUCGCCUGCAUCAGUUAAAGUACCAGCUACACCUGCACCUUUAGACUCUUGGAGGCGGAGCCUUGAUGCCAAGUGACAACAAACUGCACUAAGGGGGAAUAAGGAUGGAGGCCCCCAUAAUGCUACAACUGCUCAAGUUCAAAUCAAAUCAUUAGAUUACAAUAAAUCACACUUAUUUAUGUUAAGUGAGAUGCUGUUCAUGCUUGUGCAGAGAUUAUAACAUCUGUACGCACCUUAUAGUCUGGGAAAUACGGUAAUGAGUGCUAGAGGUCAGAUUGUAGCUAACUCAUGGAUUGCUCAGACUUCUGCAUGAGCAUUAUGGAGUAAAUCUGAUCUAACAUCCUGCAGUGUUUUUGCUUAUUAGUGCACACUUCAUCACAUUUCAUCCGAAUCUCAGCUUUAAUCUCCUGAGCCUUACUAAACCUCCUGUGCUGUGUCCUAAACUGAGCUGUUCUGUUCUGUUCGGAGCUGCAUUCUGCAAUAUUCUAAAUGUCAGUGUUUUUCAAUCAAUGUUUUUGUUAUUGUUUGUUUUUUUGUUCAGAUACAUAUCAUCUCACAUCGUCUCAGUCUCUACCUCUCUCUUCUUUUUUUUCUGGGUGUUUUACUUUGUCAAUUCCAUCAUUGUAAUGUAUGGAGGAGAAUCUCUUUCCCUGUCUGUCCAGUAUUAAACACUAGAUCAAG